AAUUGUUAUUUUGUUUUGAGUCUUGGGGCCUCGUUUAAACGGAAAUCUUUCUGCACCUCGCCCAACGUACUAAAUUUCUCUCACAAAUAUCGAUUUAUUAUUAGGCCUAUACUUUUCUUGAAAAUGAGCAAGAAUUUUGAAAGCUACAAGGAAUAUCUGUUUGAUUAUUAGCUCAUUGUUCUACAUGCUGAAAUACUUAUCACAAGAGGAACUCUUAAAAUGGCCAUCGUUUUAUUCCCCCAAUACAAUAAAAAUGAAAAAUACAUAUUUAUGUAAUUAACCGAACAAAAUGAUUUGAAAACAAAAACAAUUGUAUGAAUAUUGACAAUUUUCAUUCAAAGUCAGUGACUGGAGACGGUCACUUUGAAUUGGACGUGAUCUCGUACGUCGUUCCAAGGGGCGAUUUAGCGGACGGUUCAUGCUGUGAUUCAUCAUCGUUAUCGUCGUCGUCAUCAUCAUCAUCGACCGAUGGCAUUCAAGACUGUAUGGACGAGUGCGAUGUCGCCUUCCGUGUUUGCUUGACAACCUACCAGCCUCGUUCGACGUACGAUGGACGAUGUGUGUUUGGUGAAGUUAUAUCCGGUGUCGUGGGCGGGAACACUUUAUUAUCGACAGUCGAUGGCGAUAUCGACGACGGAACCUCAUCAACGGAUCCUACCCCAUCUGUUGAAAAAGAAACAACCGUUAAGUUGCCGAUAAAAUAUGCGUGGCCGACGACUUUCACUUUGCUACUCGAAGCACUGGAUGUUGACGGAGAUGCUUUCAAAACAGUAGAGAAACCAUCAUCUACCAGAUCUUCGUCAGCAUCACCGUCGUUGUCAUCAUCGCAGCCAUCGACAACGCAAUCGCCAGUACCGCUGCCGUCACCAUCGACCACUCUUUCGUCACCACCAACGUCUCGAACGAGUGCAGAAGGCCAAGGGGAUCGGAACGUGAGCUACCAGUUGAUCGAACGUGUGUACCACUCCAGUAUCAUGGUGCCUUCUCCGUCGUGGGUCACUCUCCGCCACGAUGGUCUUACGGCAACCGUGCUAUACCGCGUUCGCCUCCAGUGCGAUGACGAUUUCUACGGGACGACAUGUAUGAAUUACUGCACGCCUCGCGAUGACCUCCUCGGACAUUACACGUGUGAUGAUGAUGGCGGUCGGGUGUGCGAUCCCGGUUGGACCGGAAGUCAUUGUAUGAUAGCAAUAUGCAAGAAAGGAUGUCAUGCGACAUACGGUUUCUGUGAUUCUCCGGAUGAAUGCAGGUGCCGUCAUGGUUGGCAAGGUGAGCUGUGCGAUCAAUGCAUGCCCUACCCUGGAUGUAAGCAUGGCGGUUGUGUAUCGCCUUGGCAGUGUAACUGCGAGUACAAGUGGGGUGGAUUGCUCUGUGAUCAAGAUUUGGACUUCUGUGGCAGUCAUACUCCAUGUCAAAACAAUGGUAUAUGUAUCAAUAUAAGAGCCAACGGAUAUGCCUGUAGAUGCUCGGAUGGGUUCGGCGGAGAAGAUUGCGAAUUGUCACAGGGAGUGUGUCAUUCGAAUCCGUGCAUGAAUGGAGGGACAUGUAGCGAAGUCGGAGAAGGGUUCAUCUGCGAUUGUACCUCUGGAUGGACAGGAGAAGAUUGCAAUACUAAUAUUGACGAUUGUGUUCAUUCUCCUUGUUUGAAUGGUGGUUCAUGCUUAGACCUGGUAGAUGGAUAUGAAUGCCAUUGUACGUCACAGUGGCAAGGCCCUGUCUGCCAAUACGAUUCAAAUGAAUGUACAGGACAGCCUUGUGUUCAUGCCUUCCGGUGUAGGAAUCGGUUUGGUGACUAUUUGUGUGACUGCCAACCCGGUUGGACGGGCAGAAACUGUGAUGUCAAUGCUAACGACUGUGUUGGACAUUGUUUUAACGAUGCAACAUGCAUGGACCUAAUCAACUCAUUUAUCUGCGUGUGUCGACCCGGUUUCACUGGCACUGAAUGCGAGACGAACGUGGAUGAAUGCAUCAGUAAUCCUUGCCUGAAUGGAGGAACGUGUACGGAUCUCGUCAAUGGGUACCAGUGUGAGUGCAUGCCAGGAUUCUCGGGAACUCGCUGCCAGUAUGACGUAGACCUUUGCAACCCGAAUCCUUGUAAACAGGGAGCAAAUUGCUUUAAUCUCUUCGGGGAUUACUUCUGCGCAUGCCCAGAGAGUCACCAAGGAAAGAACUGUUCCGAUGCUAAAACUUUAUGUCAAGACUCACUCUGUCAAGUGAUUGACAGUUGCACCGUGACAGCAGGAGCAACCAGUACCGGUGGACCGAUCCAACAACCAUCAAACGUCUGUGGCCCUCAUGGUUCCUGUAUAAGUCUGGACAAUAAUGGCGGAUUCUCCUGCAUCUGUGACACAGGAUACACCGGUCUAUACUGUCAUGAACGGAUUGACUAUUGUGAAAGUAAUCCGUGUCAGAAUGGAGGAACGUGUAUCAAUUCUGUAUCAUCAAUACAGUGUGUCUGUACCCCAGGAUGGGAAGGUAUCUUCUGUAACAUUGGUACAGAUGAAUGUUCGGCAACCCCAUGCAGGAACAACGGAACCUGUGUUGAUCUUCAUGCCGAUUUUACGUGUGUUUGUCCUGAAUGGUGGAUGGGAAAAACUUGCAAUUCACUUGAAAGUCACUGUGACUCAAGUACAUGUCGUAACGAUGGAGCCUGUGAAGAUACUGGGGAAUCCUUUAUGUGUCUCUGCCCGCCGGAAUGGGAAGGAAUCUCAUGUCAGAUUGCUGUCCAGGACAUUUGCAUCAGCAGACCUUGCUUAAACGGGGCGACAUGUAUUCCAAGUGGCGAGUCAUAUACAUGUAUCUGCAAAGAUGGAUUUGAGGGAGCCAAAUGUGACAAGAAUGUGGAUGACUGUCGCCUGAACCCCUGCCACAAUGGAGGAAAGUGUGUGGAUGGGAUCAACUGGUUUCUCUGCCAGUGUGCGGAAGGAUUCGCGGGACCUAGCUGCAGAAUAAAUAUCAACGAAUGCCUUUCAAGCCCUUGUGCAUAUGGAAGUACGUGUGUAGACGGAAUGGCAUCAUAUACCUGUCAUUGUCCUCUGGGAAGAAACGGAACAACAUGCUCACAAGUCAUCGGUUAUGAUCCUAUGCCGAGAUCGUGUCAGUCUGGACGGCAUCUUCGUGUUCAUGAAGAGACGUGGCAACAGGACUGCAACCGAUGUCGGUGUGAUGACGGCCUCAUUGUCUGUUCAAAGGUGUGGUGUGGCCCAUCCUCAUGUCUAGCUGUAGCAGAUGGAACCUUCGACAUUAACGGACCAGAAAACCAGUCAAGUUUUCGCUGUUCCGAAGGAUAUACCUGCCGGCCGAUAAGAGAACACGAGUGCUUUACGCCUCCUUGUCAUCCUUGGGGAGUCUGCGAAAAGACAGCAUCCGGAAGAAACUUAGGCGGUUACGGACAAGGACACGGAUAUCCAACUGAUCAUCCUGGUUAUCUAGGAGAUGGAAGCAGUACUUUUAUGUCGUUAUACAACACUGCCGAGAUUGUUGGUGAAUCUGGCCAGAGCAAUAAUGCAUCUGAAAGCUCUAUCCGUCUGUUUUUAACAUUCAACUUGUGGAUAAUGCCCGUGGGGAUGACCGUUGAUGCAGUGUGUAAUGGUAUCAGACAGUUACCACAAAUACACGCUGCUGCACUGGAUGUCGCCGUCUUCAUCAUGUGCCGAAAGGUUCUUCAAGAAACCGAUACUAUCGAUUUGACCAUGUCAACAGACGGUGGUUCAAGCUUAUCAGGUGACGUCAGUCAGGCCCUGAUUUCAGGUCUUCAGGGACGAUCGGGAAGAGGUAAUGUGGUUCUUGACGCAAUUAUCAGCAUUCAACAGAUCUCACCUUCUUCAGAAGCGGGCGUCAGGUUCAACGCCAGACUUAUAAUCCUCGCGUACAUGGUCGUUUUGAUAGCGAUAUCAUUCUUUGGCUGCACUAUUAUCGCAUUUGGUCGUCGACGAUCUCGCUGCCACAGCUCACCACCACCUCCGCCACCUCCGCCACCUCCGCUGUCCCUACCGCUUCACAUCCUAACAGGGAACGAUCAGAGCAUCGUGGAAUCGGAGACGACCACCACCACGACUACUCGUCGAGCCCUCAAUGAUUACAUCAUCGACGAAGAUAAAGUGUCUGAUAAGUCGUCGAUAUCGCAAGCGUCCAGUUCAUUCACAGAUGAUCACGCCCACCAUUACAUGAACGAUGUCAGAGGGAAUGAGCCUGUGGCGAGUGGCUACUUGGUACCUGAUUUUGAACGUUCGAAUCGUACAAACAGAAGGUCAAAUAAACGGCAGGGAAUCAGGAGGCCUAGACCGAGAUCGGAAAAGGAACCCACUUGAAUAAAUGAUACGUCUAAAGGACUUUUAAAGAGAGACAUUUUGUAUACAAAUACUUUGGGAAGCUGCUAUCUUCUUAUCACUUUAGGAUUUGGCGGCUAUAAUGUAUUUUCUAAUCAACCCAUCACUUUGUUGAUAAAAUGGUUGAUCACAUAAUUAUUGUCUGAUAUAUCUUGUUAAAUUUUUAACCAAGUAACUUACCUACUGUGUCCUGUAGUCUGCAGGCACAGACCCUAAUUGAAACUUUGAUUAACAAAUGUGUCUCCACGCAAAGACUAGCACAUACAAAACUUGCUGUUUUUCAGUACACAAGGCAUGAGUAUAGGCCGCAACUCAGACACUUAACUCGUGCAUGUCGAGUGAAGAGUUUGCACAGCCUGUUGCCUGUGGGUUUAAAGAAUCCCUGUUUGUUUUUAAUGCAAAUUUAACCAACGGCUUGAAACCAUCCGCUAUUAUUUCCGAUUACCAACAUAGCGUAGUAUAAGUAGUAUUGUAUAUAGUGUAUAUACCUGUAUAUUUGUAUCUAUGUCCAUCACAUCAAUUUCAUAAUCAUGAUAAUGGUAGUGUGUUGAUUAAAUAUAUACAUACAA